UAUUUCAACUGACGUUCGGACUUAUUGUUCAGUCCUAUGACUUUACAAUCAUCAAGAUUCCGAUGUUAAAUUUAAAUUAUAAAAUUAUAUAGUGACAACAAAACAAGCAUCAUAAGGUUGUAUAACAACAUGUUUAAGGCAAGUUUAAGUUUUCCGUAUAAAGUUUAAAAUGGAAUUACCAUACGAGGUACUAGUGUACAUAUUUAAGUAUUUACCAAAAUCUGACCGAAAACCUGCAAGUGAAACAUGUCGAUCUUGGUACUUGGCAGCUAAUGAUUAUAGUUUCCUAAAAAAUAAAACUGUGGUACUAUAUAAAGCAGAUUUAAAUGAUGAAGUUUCUCCACUUCAAAUCUUUGAAGACUCUGAUAUUAUUUAUGACAACUUUUUAUUUUGUGAAGUUGAAUUGUCUAAUAAAUUAAACAGCUUUUGGGAUAGAAAUGGUGUGAACAUAAGAUGCCUAACACUACAAAACUGUGAUAUAAGAGAAAAAGUUUUUGUUUAUAUUUUACAAAAAUGUACAAACUUAGAGAUUCUUAAUAUUGAAAACUGUAAAGACUUGUUUAUGUCCGGGUGCCUAUUAGAAGGCAAAACUGAAGGUCUACUCACAACAAGUCUAAAGAAAUUGAAAUGUUUAAGUUUGGCAGGAAACCAAUACCUUACAGAUGCAUUAUUCAGUCGGUUUGUUGAGACAGCUCCUGAAUUAGAAGAACUUAAUUUAUCAGGAUGCUCACUGCAAUUUCAUUUGGGUCUUGUUAAAAGAUUCUAUCCCCUGGGAUCUAAUAUAUAUGAUAAUCCAUCCGAAAGUGUCUUAACAUUUUACUUUGUACAUCAGUUUUUAACAGCAAGAGCUAAGAAUAUAAAAAGACUUUUGUUUUCUAAGACAUUAAUUGAUGGUGUAGCUCUUAAAUCACUAGCAGAAACAGAACACCUAAAAUUGCAAUAUCUUCAAGUGCACUCUUGUGAUCAACUUACUAAUGUUGGCAUAUCUUCACUAUCAAACUAUCAGCAUUGCUUAAGAGAGCUCGAUAUUGGACUCUGCACUAGAGUAACUGAUCAGUCUUUAGUGUAUAUUUGUAGUAAUUUAGUACAUCUAGAAUGCUUAAACAUUCAAAGAUGUAGAGCUGUUACAGAUUUAGGAGUAGCUGAAUUACAGAAACUAAAGAAGCUAAAGCAACUUAAUAUAUCCCAAUGUGACCUCAUCAGCAAAGAAGGUAUAGAGAAAGGUAUCUGUUCAUAUGAAAAUAAUAUUUUGGAACAGUUAGAUAUAAAUUCUCUUAACUUGGAACAGAGUGGUUUGAUUAUGAUUUCUGAAAAGUUGCCCAAUCUUCGUAUGCUAGAUAUCAGCUAUUGUUUCAAUGCGGUGACAGACACUUCAAUCCAAGUUAUUUUCAAGAAUCAAAUAUAUUUGCACACUUUAAAGUUAAGUCACUGUGAUAAAGUAUCGGAUGCUGGCCUUACGGGUAUGGGUAAAGUGGAAACAGAAGGGCAAAAAGAUGGUAAUAUAACAUCAAGUUAUGAUGGCUCCAUGACAAGCAACAAGAUCUAUCUUGGCUCGAGGGCUGAAGAAGAAAUUGUGCGAGAUGCCAAGCGGAAAUAUGAAGUCAUGCUUUUGUGUGAAAAAUUAUCCAUGGAAUCAUAUAGUGGAUAUUCUUUGGCACGCUUUAGGAGUCUCAGAGAGUUAAAUAUGAGUGGCUGUAAUAGAAUAACAGAUGUAAGUCUAACAUAUGCCUUUUCAUUUAAAGAACUUGUAUGUCUUAACCUAAGCCGAUGCCAACAAAUAACUCAUGAAGGGAUAAUGUAUCUAGUCAAAAACUGCCCUAGUAUUGAAUAUUUUAACCUGACUGACUGUUAUAACUUAAAAGAUGAUGCUGUAAUUGAAAUUGUCAGAGGGCUCAAGAGAUUGAGGCACUUGGAAUUAAGGGGUUGCAAUCAGUUAACAGACACUACAAUUAAAGGGAUUAUCAGUAAUUGCAAGAAGUUAACAUUUCUUGAUGUUCAGGGCUGUCGUAAUAUGUCGGCAGAACUAGUUUGUACGUUAGGAAUGGAAUUGCCAAACCUCCACACAGUACUUUUUUCAAAACCAGGUCCCUACAUUGAUGAUGGGGUUAAAAAUAGAUCACCAGCACCAACUUUUUUACCUACCCUAAUGCGUAAAUUACGUAUUCAUUAGUUCAAAAAUACACUGAAUUCCACCUCUCAAUUAAACAAUUGUAUGUGGUGCUAAUAGUGGACUAAUAUAUACAUUUCUGAAAAUUUUUGUCAUAAAAUUUGGCUAACUGUUUUUUUUUAAUGUCUAAAGAGACAAUUAAGCUGGCAAGCUGGCAAUACAAAUUAAACUAAAUUUUGUGUAAAUGUAAAAAUAUAUGUGUUAAAAAUAUUAAUAUAAUAUGUAUAUAGAUAAAUAAUUUGUUAUAAUAUUCUUGUGGCAAGCACCAAGAAAACUUAUACUCAUAUGAUGAGAAAAAAAGUUAAUUAGGUAUAUACUUAACUGUAUUUCAGGACAUAAAUAUAAUAAUUUAAAGGUAUUAAAAUAAUUAUUGUUAGGUACAAUAAAAUUCUCUCACAUCAAACGAAAUACAGCCACUGUUAAAAAGAACCAGAUGAGUUCCCAGUAUAACCUUAUACAAGUACAACUUUUUGUCAGUAGUCAAUAUUUUGUACGUCAAUUUAGAAUUAUCCUCUGCUAAAUGUAUCUUCGGUACUUCCAUUUUCAUUUGAGAGGUCACUUUCGCGUCAACAGUGUUAAAAUUUUUAAUAAAUAUUGGACAGACUAAUAAAACCCAAUAUUUGUUUCAUUACAUUAUAUUUAAAAAUAACUAACUUAAUUUAUGCCUAUACAUUUGUAUAUUAUACCAACAGCGUAUUUUGUUCAUAUCUCUUAUUUAUCUUAACAUGAGAUACAAUUAUUUUUAAUUAUGACAAAACAAGAAAAGUUGUUUUUGUAUCUUCUGAAAUGAUUGUCUAUCAAAUUAACGAGAUGGCGCUAUGAAAGUAAUUCGUACACAAAUUAUAAGCAAUUUUUUGAAAAUAAAUCUGAGAAAUUUGAUUUAUUUGGCUUACUAAUUUUUUUUAUAUAAUACUCAUAAAUAUAAUUUGAUACAUAUAGUUAUAUACACGAAAAUUACAAGAUAACAUAACCAAAUUAAUCCGGAUGUAAACACCCAAUAAACUCUUGAAAAUUUUAACAAUGGUUGCAAAGUAGAAUUAAACAUUCUUCUAAUUAUAGAACUUAUAUAUAAGUAAAAUCUUAGGGAAUACAGCACUAACUAGCAGUUACACUGCCAGACAUAUUAGGUAAAAAUUUAUAAAACAACUGCCGUUACAAAUCUAUAAUAGUACAUAAAUGCAAGUGAUGUAAAUUAAACGGAAAAUGUACAAAUUCCUUCCUUAUACGUAAUAAUAAAAACAUGAAAUACUUUAGAUCUGUAUUUGUUGAUUUAUGUAAAUGGCACGAAAUGCUCAAUAAUGUCUCAAUAUUUGUUAAAUACACAUGUAGGCAUAACUUACCCAUGCCAAGUAUUUUUCAUAUAUGUAGGAAACAAUAACUGUUGCAAUAACAGAUAGCGCCACUAACUUUUCAAUAGACAACUUCUAGAAGAUGUUGCUUAUAACUAUCUAUUUCACAAAUAAGAUAUAAAUUUCGUGCGUUCAAACGUUCUUAUUUCGAUUAUAAUUCAUGCGGUUUCUAAA